CAGCAUGACAGGGUGGAGGGUGUUCCCUUUCUUGAUUCCUUGAAGCUGCCAGGCCUCUGCUUUUUUCCUGCUUUAAUUAAGGAUAUUUAUAUCCUUACACUAGGCAGAGUUAGUCCCUUUUGUGGCUGGGCCUUGGACUUGAUUUCUCUUUUCACUCUGUCACUUACCAACAGAAUCUCCUGUAAACACUUUCGCGAUUGGACUGAACUUUUUAUUUGUUUUGUCUCUUUUCUUUAGAACCUGUUUCUCUUGAAAGGCCUUUAAAAUUUAUGUAACAUGCCAGGCAUGGAAAGAUGAAAAUUGUUCAGGUAGAAGCAAUGUAUAAAUAUAUGUGGAUCUGUGAUACUAAGUACGACAUUUUGCUGAUUCCCGAAGUUCAAGUAGUGAUACUUUCUAGCUUUCCGUCAGGCUCUUUCUGUCUGCUUUUCUAGUUCAGUCUCUGUGUAUUAAAAUUAGCUAAAAAUGAGCCCUCAAUGUCUAGGAAGCUCCCCCAAGAGCCUGGGUGAAGGGCACAAGAAAAACUACCAACCCACCAACAUGGAGCGUCUCUGCAACUGGAGCAUGAAUUGCAAUUGCAGAUAAAUUUUAUUCAUUGAACAGAUACUCGCUGAGUUCCCUUUGUGUGCCAGGCACUGCUCUCCGUCGUGAGCAUGCAGCACUGGAUGGGGCAGGCACGAUCCUGUUCUCACAGAGAGGGGUGCUUCCAUUGGGACCUGUAAGCCCCCCACCCCCAGAGGUUGUGAUUCAUGCUCUAAACCUGGAGGGCAGUCCUCAUGCUGACCAGGAAGUGGCAUGAAAAUCCAUCUCUGGCACUGGAGUCUUCCGAAUACCUGGCCUCCUCUGAGUGAGAGUGUAGAGGAGGAAAUAUCAUUGGAGUUAGCAAGUGCAAACACAAGACUCAGAAUAACAUUGCUUGUGAAACGGAGCAUUAUAUAUAGACUGAUCUGAAGUGGAUCAGGGCCUGUGUCUACAGGAUGGAUUUAUCCUAGGAAAUAACAUCAAGGAUUUGCCAUCUUGGGAUCCUAUGGCUUUCUUUACUGGCCUCUGGGGCCCCUUUGUCCACGUGAGCAGAGCACUCAGUCAUCGCUGUUUCAGGCCUGAGGCAGGGGCUGCUGAUGGAGGAGGAGGAGGAGAAGAGGAGGAUGGAGGCUGCCUUCCCAGAAGCACCACGGGGAGCCUCGGUGCAAUUCAGAAGAUGACGCGGGUGCGCGUGGUGGACAACAGUGCCCUGGGAAACACCCCGUACCACCGCCCUCCUCGCUGUAUCCAUGUCUAUAACAAGAGCGGGGUGGGCAAGGUGGGCGACCGCAUCCUGCUGGCCAUCAAGGGGCAGAAGAAAAAGGCGCUCAUUGUGGGACAUCGCAUGCCCGGUCCCCGGAUGACCCCCAGGUUCGACUCCAACAACGUGGUCCUCAUCGAGGACAACGGGAACCCUGUGGGGACCCGGAUCAAGACACCCAUCCCCAGCAGCCUACGCCAGAGGGAAGGCGAGUUUUCCAAGGUGCUGGCCAUUGCACAGAGCUUCGUGUGAGCAGAGCCCAGGCGCCGGCUGCCUGGGGGCUCAUGAGUGGAGCCGUCCUGAGAGCUGUGCCUCUGCUGAGAGGGAGCCCAGGAAACAGUGUCCUGUGAGAAAAUAAAUGUUUUCCUGUA